UUCACCGGUUCACAAAUCAACGCGGUUUGAACAUAAUCAUUGGGCCGCUUCUGCUGGAUGAAGCUUAAUCCUGUUACAUAAUCAAAGUUAGUGGAAUUUUUAUACGUACGAAGUAAUGUUUCAUACGUAUCAAAAUCGCGAGAUGCGUGCAGACGACGAGAUACACGCGUGACUUUGAACUUUAAAUAAAAAUAUCCCGCGACGUCCAAUCCAUACGCCUGUCGCAGCUUCAUUCGGCUAACUGGAGUGCAAACAGUCGUUAACAUGAAGCAAAUUAUUACAAUGAUCUAGUGCGCUUUCACCGUGAUCUAUUGAUUACUUAGUGUCCAAUUGCCACCCAGGUGGUGUGAAUAAACUUAUCUGUGUGUUCGUGGCACUGUGAAUAUCCCAAACAAAGUUUUUCUUCAGUUUGACGCUCCGCGGUUUGUGUAUACAGAACAUGAUCUUCAUGUUCUCACGAAUGUUUAGGUUACGCGGCGUACGCUCGAGUUUACGAUAGAGAUGAAGAGUUUCCCUACAUAUCGAUUAAAAGAUGAGAGACGUCGUGUCGCAAAAUUUACUGGCAGCAAAAAUAGCGUGUGAAUAUGAAUCCAUCAGAUAAUUGACUUGUUUGUAACGAAAAUUCAUUAGGAAGUAAAUCAACCAUCAAAUGUAUCAGGUACUGAUGGGUAAUUGCUCGUAUGUAUCCGAUGGGUUAGGCGACCCGAUCACGGUGGACAUUUUCGAAAGUCACAUCGUGGAUUGUAUUGGGCCAAAAUACUUGGACCUCGAAUUUGCCAUCCCGAUGACUUUGACUUAUGUGACAAUUUUUAUUACCGGUGUAUUUGGCAAUGUUAUGACGUGUUUGGUGGUCAUCAGAAACCCCACCAUGCAAACGGCGACGAAUUACUAUCUCUUCAGCCUGGCCAUUUCCGACCUUACUCUGCUUCUACUUGGCCUGCCUAACGAGCUGAGUCAAUUUUGGCGGCAGUAUCCUUGGACACUUGGGUUGGCAUUAUGUAAGCUCAGAGCUUACGUUUCUGAGAUGUCAUCCUACGUAUCGGUUUUGACAAUCGUGGCCUUCUCGAUGGAAAGAUACCUAGCGAUUUGUCAUCCCCUGCACCUUCACGCAAUGAGCGGACUGAAGAGACCGCUUCGGUUUAUCCUGGCAGCAUGGCUCGUUGGAAUUAUCUGUGCAAUUCCAUUCGGUGUCUACAUGAAAAUCAACUACUUGGAUUAUCCUCCAGGUUCUCGCAACCCUUUACUAGAAUCAGCCGUCUGCGCCAUGCUGUUCCUGCCGGAUUUUCCCAUCUACCAACUGAGCUGCGCAAUAUUUUUCUUAGUACCAAUGAUCGUGAUUUUGGUUCUUUACACCGCGAUGGGUUUGCAGAUUCGUAAAACCACGAGAAGUACCCUUGGGCAAAAUGUCGACGGUGUCGUCCACGGUGAAGUUCGUCAGAUCCAAUCGCGCCGAGGCGUCAUCCGAAUGCUGAGCGCUGUUGUCAUCACGUUUUUCCUCUGCUGGGCACCAUUUCACGCGCAGCGUGUUCUUUACGUCUACGGUGUGGCGGAGAAUUGGAAAUUUUACGACAAGAUGAAGGAACAGAUCUUCGUCACGAGUGGUAUCCUCUACUACUUCAGUGCUACGGUUAAUCCCAUCCUUUACAACGUCAUGAGCGCCAAAUACAGAACCGCUUUCAAGGAGCUUCUCUGCUGUUGCUUCGGUGGUGCGAACCAGUCAAAACGCAAAAUCACGCUCAACACGUAUUCUCUUUGUCAAUGCAACUCAGGUGGUAGUACACAAUUAACGCAACUCGGAAGUUCCAAGCAUCCUUCCUCGGUUAGAUGCACUAUUCACGGUACGAAGAAAUCUCCUCAAAUGAAUUCGGGAAAGAGUGGAUUUCCUCCAUCAAAAGGCCUCGACUCAGCAGAAAAUGGUACCAAGGAACCCCUUUUGAACAGCGGAUCUACGGUUGAGGAAAAUGGAAACGGUCGACCACCUUUACAGCCUUCAGACUCCACUGCGAGCAGCAAUUUGUGAUCCCACAGUAGUUGUAUACUUUGGAAUAGAAUUCCUUCAAAGUCAGGCACUUCGGAUAUAUAUUGCCAAUUAUCGUAACUAACGAGCUGAGGGUGAGGUCAAGAUUAAAUCUAUAUUAUUAUAUUUUUAUCAAAUUUUACACAAAAUAUUGUAUCUUGUUCAAUUUGAAUGGAAAUUGCCAAAGUGUGUGAUGUUUAAAGAACACGAUGCAAAUACAAUUUUGGAAGCUGCAUGUUAUGUGAUAGUUUUUUCUACAGACGAAAAUAAGAUUAAUUUUUCGAUAAUUUUUUCAUGAUCGGGUAAGCCAUUGGAAGAAUUGGAAAUUGCGAAUUAGUAUCUUCGACUUGUAUUAAUACGCCAUUCG